AUGGUAUAUUUGGCUCGGGGUAAACAUGUUGAAUCGCAAACAUCGCAAGCCGUCAACACGAUUUCGUUGAGAACUAAGAAUGGGGCAAUUACACUGAUAGAUACGCCAGGUAGUUUUAGGUUGCUGCCAGACUCGAUGAAGCACAUAGAGCGCGCAAUGUCGUUAAUAUUCGUUGUUGACUCUGCGGAUAAGCACAGCUUCAAAAUGGCGGCACAGCAACUCGUGGAUAUUCUGCUGAACGCAAAGGUUGCGGCUAAUGGCCCCUCCAUGCUUUUUGUGGCAAAUAAGACAGAUGUAAUGGGAUCGAGAGACCCGGAUACCGUCCUCCAUUUUGUUCAAUUAGAAGCAGAACGCAUUUUAAAGGCGUACAAGAGCGAAGCGCAUAUGAAAAGCAUACCCCCUGAGUCCUUGCACAUUCUAAAUCGCCUGGCGCAGGAAAAUUUCUCAAUAUAUAACACAUCGCUGCAAGUUACAUUGUGUAAAGCAUCCGUGAAAGCAGGCAGCGCAACUGAUGUUCUCUCGUUUGUCGAAAAACAGUGA